GCCUCAGGCAGCCAGCGCGCGGGAGCGCUCUGGGAUGGGACUUGGAGGCGGCGGCGGCAUAGGAGACGGCGGCUGCGCGGGCUUCUUCCUCGCGUCCCCGGAGCGGUCCCCGAGGAGCGUCGCUGCCCUCGGCGGGACGAGGCGACCGACCACCGUGACGGACCCGCGGGCCUGCGCCCCUGCCUCGCUUCCCCCGCGCGGGCUGCAGGCUUGCCCCUGUUCCUCUUGAAAAUGGAGAAGAUGCUGGUGGGUUGCUUGCUGCUGCUUGGGCAGCUCUUCCUCCUCCCCACACUGGCAGGAGCCAGAGAACGACCCCACACCAGGUUGCCCUCCAGAGGCAGACAUGCCCGGACGCACCCCCAGACAGCACUCCUGGAGAGCUCCUGUGAGAAUAAGCGGGCCGAUCUGGUUUUCAUCAUCGACAGCUCCCGCAGCGUCAACACCCAUGACUAUGCAAAGGUCAAGGAGUUCAUUGUGGACAUCCUACAGUUCUUGGACAUUGGGCCUGAUGUCACUCGAGUGGGUCUGCUCCAAUAUGGCAGCACGGUCAAGAACGAAUUCUCCCUGAAAACCUUCAAAAGGAAGUCUGAGGUAGAGAGGGCUGUCAAGAGGAUGAGGCAUCUAUCCACAGGCACCAUGACCGGGCUGGCCAUCCAGUAUGCCCUGAACAUUGCUUUCUCAGAAGCAGAGGGGGCCCGGCCACUGCAGGAGAAUGUGCCACGGGUCAUAAUGAUUGUGACCGAUGGAAGGCCUCAGGACUCAGUGGCUGAAGUGGCUGCAAAAGCCCGGGACACAGGCAUCCUGAUCUUUGCCAUUGGUGUAGGCCAGGUGGACCUGAACACGUUGAAUGCCAUUGGGAGUGAGCCCCACAAGGACUACGUCUUCCUAGUGGCCAACUUCAGCCAGAUCGAGUCUCUGACCUCAGUGUUCCAGAACAAGUUGUGCACAGUCCACAUGUGCAGCGUCUUGGAACACAACUGUGCUCACUUCUGCAUCAACACACCUGGCUCGUAUGUAUGCAGGUGCAGGCAAGGGUACAUUCUCAACUUGGACCAGAAGACUUGCAGAAUCCAGGAUCUGUGUGCCACAGAGGACCAUGGUUGUGAGCAGCUCUGUGUGAACGUGCCAGGCUCCUUUGUCUGCCAGUGCUACAGUGGCUACACCCUGGCCAAGGAUGGGAAAAGGUGUGCAGCUGUGGACUACUGUGCUUCAGAAGACCAUGGAUGUGAACACGAGUGUGUAAAUGUUGACAGUUCCUACUUGUGCCGGUGUCAUGAAGGAUUUGCUCUUAAUCCAGAUAAGAAGACAUGCACAAAGAUAGACUACUGUGCUUCAUCUAACCAUGGAUGUCAGCAUGAGUGUGUUAACACGAAGAAGUCCUAUUCCUGUCGCUGCCUGAAAGGCUUCUUGCUGAAUCCAGACAAGAAAACCUGCCGAAGGAUCAACUACUGUGCACUGAACAAACCAGGCUGUGAGCAUGAAUGUGUCAACACAGAAGAGGGCCACUACUGCCGCUGCCGCCGGGGCUACACUCUGGACCCCAAUGGCAAGACAUGUAGCCGAGUGGACCACUGUGCACAGCAGGACCAUGGCUGUGAGCAGCUGUGCCUGAACACAGAAGAGUCCUUUGUCUGCCAGUGUUCGGAAGGCUUCCUAAUCAACGAGGACCUCAAGACCUGUUCUAGGGUGGAUUACUGCCUGCUGAGUGACCAUGGCUGUGAAUACUCCUGCAUCAACACAGACAGAUCCUUCACCUGUCAAUGUCCUGAGGGCCACAUGCUCCGCAGUGAUGGGAAGACCUGUGCAAAACUGGACUCUUGUGCUUUGGGGGACCAUGGUUGUGAACAUUCAUGUGUAAACAGUGAAGAUUCGUUCGUGUGUCAGUGCUUUGAAGGGUACAUCCUCCGUGGGGAUGGGAAGACCUGCAGGAGAAAAGACUUCUGCCAGGCUGUGGACCAUGGUUGUGAGCACUUUUGCGUGAACAAUGGCGAAUCAUACAUCUGCAAGUGCCGGGAGGGAUUCAGGCUGGCCGAGGAUAGGAAGCGCUGCAGAAGGAAGGAUGUCUGCAAGUCGACCCACCAUGGCUGUGAGCACAUUUGUGUGAACAACGGUGAUUCCUACAUGUGCAGGUGCUCAGAGGGGUUUGUCCUAGCUGAGGAUGGAAGGCACUGCAAGAGAUGCACUGAAGGCCCAGUUGACCUAGUUUUUGUGAUCGAUGGAUCCAAGAGCCUUGGAGAAGAGAAUUUUGAGAUUGUGAAGCAUUUUGUCACUGGAAUUCUAGAUUCCUUGGCAAUUUCUCCCAAAGCUGCUCGAGUGGGGCUGCUACAGUAUUCCACACAGGUCCGCACAGAGUUUACCCUGAGAGACUUCAGCUCAGCCAAAGACAUGAAGAAAGCCGUGACCAACAUGAAAUACAUGGGCAAGGGCUCUAUGACUGGGCUGGCCCUGAAACACAUGUUUGAGAGAAGUUUUACACAAGCAGAGGGGGCCAGGUCCCUUUCCUCAAGGGUACCCAGAGUAGCCAUCGUGUUCACAGAUGGUCGGGCUCAAGAUGAUGUCUCCGAGUGGGCCAGUAAAGCCAAGGCCAAUGGUAUCACUGUGUACACUGUUGGGGUAGGAAAAGCCAUUGAGGAAGAACUACAGGAGAUUGCCUCUGAGCCCACUGACAAGCAUCUCUUCUAUGCAGAAGACUUCAGCACAAUGGGAGAGAUAAGUGAAAAGCUGAAGCAAGGCAUCUGCGAAGCUCUAGAAGACUCUGAUGGAAGACAGGACUCCCCAGCAGGGGAACUGCCAAAACAGGUCAACCAACCAAAAGAAUCUGAGCCAGUCACCAUAAAUAUCCGAGACCUACUUUCCUGUUCUAAUUUUGCAGUGCAACACAGGUAUCUGUUUGAAGAAAACAGUCUUUCACGGUCAGCAGAAAAACUUUUCCACUCAACAAAAUCUUCAGGAAGCCCCUUGGAAGAAAACCACGAUCAGUGCAAAUGUGAAAACCUUAUUACAUUCCAGAACCUUGCAAAUGAAGAAGUAAGAAAAUUAACCCAGCGCUUAGAAGAGAUGACACAGAGAAUGGAAGCCUUGGAAAAUCGCCUAAGGUACAGAUGAAGAUUUGACACCAUUGUAAAGGAGUUUAACAAGAGCAGCAGAGCCCCAAAGCUCAUGUCAUAGUUAAAUCUAUUGUUGUAAAACAAAACACCACCAAUACAGAAGCUGGAUUGAUAGACUGCUCUACAACAAAGACAAAAAUGUAGACACUAAAGAGUGUAAGUUUGAUUUAGAGGGAAAAGUCCUUCUGAAUUCUGAGAUGAGCUUACCAUUAGAACAAAUAAGCUAUGCAAGGUAUUUUGUAAGGUACUGUGGCUACGGUUUGCUUCUGCCUCAGCCUGCCUUAGUUGCAAUUUCAUCUGACAACUAAUUUAGUCUUCUGUAGAAUACUGGCUAUAUAAAAUGCUAUUUUUCUUGUACUGAAAUUUUCCUUGAUAUAUGUAUAUGAAUGUAUGCAUAAAAUCAUAGGACAUGUGUACUUGUGGAAAAGCUGAAAUUUUUUUACAAUAUUAAAAUUCACCACUCCAGAUAAUGGUAUUCCGAGUGAAA